AUGGCAUUCCCCAAAUUCGGAAGUCUGCCUCCAGAAAUUAGGGAAGAGGUUUGGCAGUUUUGCCUUCCAGCAGACGAGCCAGAAGUCUGUGCAAUGUGGCCUGUUUACUUGCACGCGAAGUACGAGGGAAUAGAAAGCUCGCCAGAAGCCUCAUUACCAAGCCGGCCGUUUGUCGUCGACACAGGCUUUCCCUCCUUGAUGCAUGUGUGUCGUGAAGCUCGCGCAUUCGUCCAAAACUCACACAGGAGUCGAGUCAGAUUCCGCGCCUCUUCUGUGGCAGGAUGCCCGGUUCCCUUUCGCCACUUCCGCCCAGAUAUUGAUACCAUGUACUGGGGCAGCGAGAAUAUUGAAGAACUCUGCUCCAUGGCGUCUGAGAUUCCAGAGCUGUGCAAGGUCAAAUCUUUGGCGAUAGAACUGCAAUGGGGGUUUCGACACAACCACCACGUCAUCAGCACGCUGAUAGACAUUAUGAGCGAACUCAAAACGGUGUCCAUCGUAUUGCCAGAUUCGUCAGAUAGCAACUGGCCGCGGCAAGUAGGCGAGGGACACGAGGCAUUUAAGCAGCCAGCUCGACGGUGCAAGCUACGACUCAUCGACCAGGAGCAGGAACCCGUCAUACACGUCGACACUACCGGCGACGACUGGGCGACGCCAUCGGAACUUGUGCCACUGCCACUUGCUCUACAUCAAUGUCGAGAGGCUCUCGAGAGAAGCGCUCGUACAUCGCGAGAGGACAAUGCACGAUCGGCUGGCAUUACCAGCCAGAGCCAUCGUGACCAGAGGUGGCUGGACCACUUGAUGAUUAAUGCACAGACAUUUUCAGAGUACCAAAAAGACGGUACUUGGAGAGAAAUCUGCGGUCAAAGGAGGUUCAUCGAUAAUGGGAGGGGACGGUUCAUGAUGGGACGAUAUAUACCGACUGCUGAGAGACCGGAUCCUGAGCUUGUGCGGGUGAAUGACUUGGAUGCGGAAUUUGAGCAAAUUUAUGUGGGAUUAUCAUGA